AUGUCUGGACCAACCUCUUUCGGAGGGACAUCCAGUGGGCCUGCUCUUGACGCCCAGUUCAACGCAGCAGAUGCAGAACUCAUUCUGAGAUCGUCCGACGGCGUUGAUCUUGCCGCGCAUAUGUUCGUCCUCCGGAUGUCUUCGCCCGUCUUUCACGACAUGCUGUCUCUACCUCAGCCAUCAGAGCACGACGACAAGACAGCAGGUGGUCAGACGGUCAUAGCUAUGGCAGAAGACGCCCAGUCGCUGCGGCUGAUGUUGCGCUUCUGCUACCCUCGAACACUCUGUCCGGAGCCUGAUCUGCUGACGAUCGCGGAUAUCAAGCGUGCUGCAACGCUCGCGCAGAAAUAUGACGUUGGGCUCAUGCACGAUGCAGUAGAGAAGGCACUCUUGCGAUGCGCGGAGGGCCGUCCGGACAUUGCUUACGCGGUGGCAUGGAGAUACGAAUACGGGAAGGUCCUCAGGGCCGCGGCGCGACGUACCCUUGAGCCUUUCAUAGCUGAUACGGACGCCAUGGAGUGGGAAGAGAUCCCCGCGUCGUCAGUAUUCAAGCUACUGAGAUACCAAAACUCGGUCCCGGAAGCACUGGAAGGUAUACUUCGUGCUGAAUAUAAAUUGGGCCCAAGAUCCCAGAGCGUUCCGAUGUCCUGGAUGGACCCCGAUCUCCUCAGGUCGGGCGAUUACUACUCUAUCCCUGCCAACUGUACAUGCGAAACUCUUCUAUUGUAUUACGAUGCGCAAGGAGAGCAGAAGCCUGAUACGACCCCGACCCACAAAGAACGCCCUUUACGCCUCGUGUGGGAAUGGUGGUGGAUGUUCGUUCAGUCCGUCGUCAAUACUAUGAUGAGAUCGGACAGGCCCUUCUUCGAAGUUGCAGUCGCUAGGGCAGUUCCGGAUGCGUGCGCCAAGGCUCGGGAAUGCCCUAGAUGUAAGCUGCGGGAUGUUCAGGGCUUACUUGAGUUCACGAAGACCCGUCUGCAUGCUGAGAUCGAAAGACGUCUUGCGCAAAUACCUCUCGCUGCACCGUUCAUGUAG